AGGAAAGCGCCUGGGCGGAGGGAUGGCCGGAUGUCCCGGCCCGCAGCCCUGAGCGCUGCGUUGGCGGCGGCGGCGGCGCUGGUAGUCGCGCUGCUCCUGCUGCAGCCUGAGGACGCGGGGCCGGGGGCCGGCUCCAGCAUGGCCGAGACAGAAGCGCUACCGAGGCUUCGGGAAGACUUCAGGAUGCAGAAUAAAUCCGUCUUUAUUUUGGGUGCCAGCGGGGAAACCGGCAGAGUGCUCUUGAAAGAAAUCCUGGAGCAGGGCCUGUUUUCCAAAGUCACGCUGAUUGGCCGGAGGAAGCUCACCUUCGACGAGGAAGCGUAUAAAAACGUGAAUCAAGAAGUAGUGGACUUUGAGAAAUUGGAUGACUACGCUUCUGCCUUUCAAGGUCAUGAUGUUGGAUUCUGUUGCCUAGGUACCACCAGAAAGAAAGCUGGGGCGGAGGGAUUUGUUCGUGUUGAUCGAGAUUACGUCCUGAAGUCUGCAGAGCUGGCAAAAGCUGGAGGGUGCAAACAUUUCAACUUGCUGUCCUCUAAGGGAGCUGAUAAGUCAAGCAGUUUUUUAUAUCUGCAAGUCAAGGGAGAAGUGGAGGCUAGGGUUGAAGAGUUAAAAUUUGAUCGUUACUCCAUAUUUAGGCCCGGAGUUCUAUUAUGUGAUAGGCAAGAAUCUCGCCCAGGUGAAUGGUUGAUUAGGAAGUUCUUUGGCUCCUUACCAGAAUCUUGGGCCAGCGGUCACUCUGUGCCAGUGAUGACUGUGGUUAGAGCAAUGCUGAACAACGCUGUGAGACCAAGUGACAAGAAGAAGGAACUGCUAGAUAACGAGGCCAUCCACGACCUGGGGAAAGCUGAUGGCUCUCUCAAGCCGUGACCACACUGGAGAAAUGCUUUCUAUUGUCAAACUCAACACCCAUCACCUAAUCGGUAAUUUCGGGGUCUAAAAAAAAACAUGUGCUUUAACUGUGGUUUCACUAUUCUCAGUCGCCCAGAUCCAAUCAAAAAAUGAUCGUGCUCUGCAUCAGCAUUUUAGAGCCUGAUUGUACAUAUGUAGACAUUACCCUGGGAAGCCUUUCAAAAAUAGAGAUCCAGCAGCUCCCUGGUGCUCUAGUGUCUCGUAUUCGGCACAGAAAUGAGAGGUUCAUAGGCCCUACCUCAAACUUUCUCAAUCAGAAUUUUGGGGGUAUGGGGACAGAAAUCUGUUGUUUUAUUUAAGCUUCUCUUAUGGUUCUGAUGCCACUGGUGGGGAGGCCAGCUUUGAAAGCUUGUCUGCAGAGUCACAGCAGCAGUGAAAACUUUAUGUAUCAUGCAGAUGAGUCCUGAACAAAAAUUGUUGACAUUUGUGUCUCUGAGUUACCCAGUGCUGACUGCAUGUUAAUUGUGUAAGUGAACAUUGUGCCUUACUAUUUCUUUAGAAUAUAUAAUAAAAGUUAUUAUAUAACUGA